AUGUUGAAUGUCCCAGCUUUCCAAUGCCCCAGUCAAACCUUCCAUCUUUUUGAGUAUCACCUCCUCUUCAUCUCUGUUCUUAGUCUCAUAGGACAGGGAUCAGGUCAAUUUCAGGUAAUUGGCCCAGAUGAGCCUAUUCAGGCAUUGGUGGGAGAAGAUGUCAUUUUCUCCUGUCAUGUCUUACCCAAGAUGAGUUUGGAGAACAUGGAGGUGAGGUUCUUCAGGAACCAAUUCUCUUCUGUGCUUCUUCUAUACAAGGAUGGGAAAGAAGAAAAUGAGAGGCAAAUGCAGGAGUAUCAAGCAAGAACCCAGUUUGUGCAAGAUGCCAUCACUGAAGGGACAGUCUCCUUAAAACUAAAGAACAUAACCCCUUCAGACAUGGCAACAUAUGGAUGCUGGUUUAGCUCUAAAACUUUCUAUCAACACUACACUUGGGAGCUACAGGUAGCAGCUAUGGGUUCAACCCCUCUUAUCUCUCUUGAGGGAUACAGAGAUGGAGGCAUCUUGUUGGUAUGUCAAUCAGCUGGGUGGUUGCCUCAGCCAAAGGUACAAUGGAGACAGGAUUCAGGACAAUGUUUGUCAUCAAACUACACUGUAGUCCAAGAUGAUCAUGGCCUCUUUUUCAUAGAAACCACCUUUACUAUGAAAGAACAUUCAAAUAAAAACAUCGUGUGUUCAGUCCUGAAUUUUGCCCUCAAACGAGAGAAGGAAUCCAGAGUACAGGUAUCAGAUCAGUUUUUCCAGACCUCCCCCUGGAGUAACGCUUUCCUUCUGAUGAUGUUUCUCAUCUUGGCUGCCCUUGUUUUUCUCAUUUUUGACUACUAUAAUAAAGAAAAAAUUAAGAAAAAGCUGGACUUAAAGAAAAAAACAAAAGAGGCAGAAUGGAUGGAAGCCACUGAAUAUUCAGUGGAAGUUACUCUGGAUCCAGAUACUGCUCAUCCCAAACUCCGUGUAUCUGAAGAUCAGAAAUCAGUGACCUAUGAAGACACAGAGCUUCCAGUGCUUGAAACUGAAAAAAGAUUUGAGUUUCCAUGUGUGGUGGCUUCACAAAGUUUUUCCUCAGAUCAACAUUAUUGGGAGGUGGAGGUUGGGGAGAUGAAGAGGUGGUACUUGGGAGUAUGCUGGGAUGGUGUGAAAAGGAAGGAAAGGGAAAUCACAUUCUCCCCUGACAAUGGCUACUGGGUUUUGGGGGUGUGGAAUGAAUAUGAGUAUUUUGUAUUCGACCCCACUAGAAAGGCCCUCACUCUCUUAGUACAGGCCCGUAGAAUAGGAGUUUUCCUAAGCUUUGAGGCCAGGGAAGUCUCUUUCUUCAAUGUGACUGAAAAAUCACACAUCUACACAUUCACUAAUUGUAGUUUCCAUGGGAAAGCCCUCUACCCAUAUUUUUGUCCUCGUAAAAGUGCCAAUCCUGAACAUUCAAUCCCCAUGUCAAUUUCUCCUGUGUUAACUGUGCUUUAUAGAGAUAUUUCUCAGAUCAGUAGUGAUGAUGUUCCUAGCCCACAGACAACACAAUGUCUCCUUUCUGGCAUCUCUUGUCACUCCAAGAGACUUUAA